ACAACUUCAAACCGAAAGUGAUCCUUAUCAGAUACUUCUGAUGCGCUUUAUGUUAAACUUUAGCAUAUACGGUCUUGUAUUGGGUUACGGGCCCAGGAAUCAUAAAACAUAAAAUUAAUUCAUGCUAAACAAUUAGGCCACAUAAAGUUAAGCAACCGAGUUUGUUCCGUCUUCCGCAUUUUUUUUGUGUGUGUAUCCAGACGUGAAUCGAGAGGACUGCGGAUUCAGGAGCAUUGCUACAAAAAAGCAGGGAUAACAACGGCUAGCUGUUUCUGACAAGCGGGGGAAACGUUGUAAAUCCGAGAUGGAUGACGACGCAGUAGACAUGGCGUCAGACAACAGUCUGCCUUUGGGAAUUGGGGCUUCCGCCUUCGGGAGUGAAAAUGGGGAUGAAGAGGACGUGAUUCCUCAGAGGACACUUCCCUUCACCCUCGGAUUCUCCGGUCCUGUGGGAGAGUACGUGGACAGAGCAGAGUCCCCUGCAAACAGCUAUGCAUCCAUGCAGAGUGACAGCUGGUCAGAAACAAGGGACGAGCAUGGACCCAGUUGCACUCAGGUUCAGUUGCACAGACGGGACUCAUCUGCUUCUAGCAGUGAAGAGUUUAAUAGUGAUGAUGAGGAUGUCAAUAUGGAGGGCAAUGCUGAAGAAAGCACAAGGAAGAAGAGCAAGAAGGAAGGUGGUGUGAAACAACAUGUUCCUGUUCCUGUAAAACCAGAGUUGGUAGUAGAUCCAAAUGAGAAAAGGCAUCCAGCAAUGACGGUGGAAUUUGCAUUUAAAGCCCUCACAAGCUGCUUAAAGAAACUUGCAGAGGACGAAUUAAAGUACUUCAAAAAACUGCUGUGGGAUCGCUAUCCAGAGCGCUUCCGUGAUCCGCUGGAUGGACUUGAUCUUGUGGAUCUGGUGGAUAAGAUGCUAGAGCUUUGCAAUAUUGAGAUCUCUCUGAAGAUCACGCUGGCGCUCUUUAAUAUCAUGAACUUUAAGAAGCUGGCUGAAUAUCUGCUAGGACUAUGCAAAAGAAACGAAGUGCGCUACGAACUGAAAUUGACUUUGAAGAGGAAGUAUGAGAUGGUAUAUGAGGGUUUUAAUCAACAAGGACAACCCGUCCCCUUUGAGUCGGUCUAUACAGACCUUUACAUUACCGAUGGUGUCAAUGCAUCAAUCAACAGUGAGCACGAGUUCAGAUCAAAAAUAGAAGUGCUUGAAGAGACUGGCAGAGUCAACAGGACGCCAUUAACAGGAAAUGACCUAUAUAUCCAGCAGAAUGUCAGGUCAAGGCCCGUGAGGUCGGUGUUAUCCAGAGGAGUCCCAGGAUGUGGCAAAUCAUUUGCAGUGCAGCGCUUCAUCCUCGACUGGGCGGAUGGAAAAGUCCACCCAGAUGUUUUCUUUCUUAUUCCUCUGCAGUUCAAGGAGCUGAAUAAGAUGCUGGAAGGAGAGUAUAGUCUCAUGAGUCUAGUCAGCACCCUCUAUCCAGAGAUGAAGGAGGUAGACACUCUCGAAUUCGAAGGCUGCCUGGUAAUGUUCAUAUGCGAUGGCCUAGAUGACACCCAAAUCCCAUUUAAUUUCCGGAAAACGGUGUAUUGGUGUGAUGCGACCAGGCCUACGACUGUGCAAGUGUUGAUGACCAACCUCAUCAGGGGCAACCUGCUCUAUGACGCCUAUGUGUGGAUCAUUUCUAGGGCAGGAGCUCUGGAUGUGAUCCCAGCUCAACACGUCCACCAGCUUCUGGAGGUCCGUGGCUUCACCGAUGAUCAGAGAGAGGCCUAUUUCAGAAGGACGAUCGCAGAUCCAGACCUCGCUGAGAAGGUGAUUGCUCACAUCAAGUCUUCUAAGACGCUGUUUAUUAUGUGCCACUUGCCGCUGUUCUGCUGGGUGGCAUCUAAAGUGUUGCAGCAGCAGUUCCAGUCUCUUCGAUCCUCGGCACAGCUGCCCAGAACUCUCACCAAUCUGUACACUAUUAUGCUCCAUGGUCACACUCUAAUAUCCGUUGAGAAGCUGAAGAACGACCCCACCGAGGAGACCAAGGAUCUUACUGCUGAUCAGCUGCUCAUUAAGCUCGCAAAACUGUCCUACAACAUGCUUGAGAAGAAUAAGUUUCAGAUUGAGAAAGAGCACUGGGACCAAGUUGGAUUGCCGGAAUCCUACCCUGCCAUGGCCUGCACUGGACUCUGCACAGAGUUUUACAGAGAGAAGUACAUGAUCUACACAGAGAAGGUGAGCUGCUUCGCUCAUCCGACCAUUCAGGAAUACCUUGCAGCUCUUCACGUUUUCUAUUGUUUCAAGAAACAUGGACGGAAUGCCCUUGAGCAGAGCAAGCUGAGCAAAGUCUUAAAGGUUUCCUUGACAGACUUACUCAAGAGUGCGGUUGACAAAGCAUUAAGCUCCAAGAAUAGCAACUAUGAUAUCUUUCUCCGCUUUCUGCUGGGUUUGUCUGUGGAGGCCAACCAGGAGCUGCUCAAGAACAUCCUGCAGACCUCCUGCAGCUCUAGCCAGAAUGCACGAGACGAGACAACUCGCUACAUUAGUAAGAAAAUCAAAGAAGGCCACUUUCUGGAAAAGACUGAAAACCUUUGGCGGUGCAUUGAUGAACUUAACCCACAAUAACACUGGGAUGAACUUCUGAGAGAGAUGCUGUUGCAUUGGCUCGUGCUAGAAGUGUGAGGUGGUAGAAAUAUCAUCUGUGAUGAAUGCUUACCAUCCAGGUCUUGUAGUGUCUUCAGGAUGCACUUUUUUCAAACAAAUUCUGUAUACAAAUAAACUAUAAUGUUAACCAGU